AGCCAGCUCGGGCUCCCGCGGCGCUAGGCGGAGCCAGGGCCAGUCCGCCCCGCGCACAGGUGAGCGCGACGGGACGGAACUAAGAGAAGCUCGUGCCAGCCGCUCCGAAUCACGGGCCACAUUCGCUUUCCCCGCCGAGACCGAGGCGCCGCGGAGCCAUGGCCGGCCUGAACUGCAGGGUCACGGUCGCACUGCUGGGGGUCCUGCUGCUGGGCGCUGCGCGCCUGUCCCGCGGAGGGGAAACUUAUGAGAUUGCUCUGCCACGUGGAAGCAACAUUACAGUCCUUAUAAAGCCUGGGGUCCCAACUCUGCCAGCGAACGUAUGUCACAUCAUUUCUAAAAAAUGGGUAACCUCAUUGUCCAUCAAAGCCGGAGAGACAGCAGUCUUUUCCUUUAGCUGCCGGAAUCCAGAGAAUCACUUUGUUAUCGAGAUCCAGAAGAAUAUUGACUGCAUGUCAGGUCCAUGUCCUUUUGGAAAGGUUCAUCUUCAGCCCUCAACGUCGGUGUUGCCCACCCUCAACAGAACCUUCAUCUGGGAUGUCAAAGCUAACAAGAACAUCGGUCUAGAACUGCAGUUCUCCCUCCCUCGCUUGAGGCAGAUCAGGCCGGGGGAGAGCUGCCCUGAUGGAGUCACUCAUAGCAUCAGCAGCCGCAUUGGCACCACGAUGGUCAGGAUCGGAACCUUCUGCAGCAACGGCACUGUGUCCCGGAUCAAAAUGCAAGAGGGAGUGAAAAUGGCCUUGGACCUCCCGUGGUUCCUCAACAGAAAUGUCUCCGGCUUCAGCAUCACAAACCGGUCGUCUAUAAAACGCCUGUGCAUCAUCGAAUCUGUGUUUGAAGGUGAAGGCUCAGCCACCCUGAUGUCUGCCAACUACCCGGACGGCUUCCCCGAGGACGAGCUCAUGACGUGGCAGUUCAUCAUCCCUGCGCACCUGCGGGCGAGCGUCUCCUUCCUCCACUUCAGUGUCUCCAACUGCGUGAAGAAGGAGGAGCGGGUUGAGUACUGCAUCCCAGGCUCCACCACCAACCGCGAGGUGUUCAAGCUGCAGGACAAGCAGCCUGGGAACAUCGCCGGGAACUUCAACCUCUCUCUGCAGGGCUGUGACCAAGAUGUCCAAAAUCCAGGCAUCCUCCGGCUGCAGUUUCAAGUAUUGGUCCAACAUCCACAAGAUGAAAGCAAUAAAACCUACAUGGUUGACUUGAGUAACGAGCGAGCCAUGUCGCUGACCAUUGAGCAACGGCCCAGCAAACUGAGCCGCAAAUUUGUCCCCGGCUGCUUCGUGUGUCUGGACUCUCGGACCUGCAGCACCAACCUCACCCUGACAGCUGGCUCCAAACACAAUAUCUCCUUCCUUUGUGAUGAUCUGACACGCCUGUGGAUCAACGCCGAGAAAACCAUAAGCUGCCUGGACCACCGGUACUGCCACAGGAAGUCCUACUCGCUCCAGGUGCCAUGGUACAUCUUCCAGCUGCCUGUGCAGCUGCACGACUUCUCCUGGAAGCUGCUGGUGCCCAAAGACAGCAUCAGCCUGGCACUGGUGCCUGCCCAGAAGCUGCAGCAGCACACUCACGAGAGGGUCUGCAACACCAGCUUCAGCUACCUCGUGGCCAGUGCCGUUCCCGGCCAGGACCUUUCCUUCGGCUCCUUCUGCUCUGGAGGUUCCAUAGAGCAGAUUCAGGUGAAGCAGAACGUCUCGGUGACCCUCCGCACCUUUGCCCCCAGCUUCCAGCAAGAGGCCUCCAGGCAGAGCCUGGCCGUGUCCUUUAUCCCCCACUUCAAAGAGGAAGGUGUUUUCACAGUGACCCUGGACACGAAAAGCAAGGUCUACCUGAGGACCCCUAACUGGGACAGGGGCCUACCAUCCCUCACCUCCGUGUCCUGGAACAUAAGCGUGCCCCAAGACCAGGUGGCCUGCCUGACCUUCCUCAAAGAGCGGACGGGCCUGGUCUGCCAGACAGGGCGUGCGUUCAUGAUCAUCCAGGAGCAGCGGGCCCACACCGAGGAGAUCUUCAGCCUGGAGGAGGAGGUGCUGCCCAAGCCAAGCUUCCGCUAUCACAGCUUCUGGGUCAACAUCUCCAACUGCAGCCCCAUGAGCAGGAAGCAGCUGGACCUGCUCUUCUGGGUCUCGCUUACCCCAAGGACCAUGGACCUGACUGUCAUCAUCCUCGCGGUGGUGGGAGGUGGCGCCUUACUGCUGUUUGCCCUCGGACUCAUCGUUUGCUUUGUGAAAAAGAAUAGGAAAAAGAAGAUCAACAAGGGCCCAGCUGUAGGUAUCUACAAUGGUAACGUCAAUACCCAGAUGCCGAUGCAGCCAAAAAUCUUUCAGAAAAGACAGACGGACAACGACUCCCAUGUGUAUGCCGUCAUCGAUGACACCAUGGUGUACGGGCAUCUGCUGCAGGAUUCCAAAGGGUCCUUCCUCCAGCCAGAGGUGGACACCUACCGGCCCUUCCAGGGCGCCACAGGGGACUGCCCUCCCUCCCCACCCCCCGUAUGCUCCAGGGCUCCAACUGCAAAGUUGACCGAAGAUGAGCCAUCCUCUGGCUUCCUUUCUGAGUCUGAGAGUGAAUCGUACACUUUCUCCCACCCCAAAGACAGGAAUAUAAACAAUGGGAACACAGACCUUCCCUUGCUAGAAACCUACGAGACCAUGGAGCCUGGGGAGUAACUUGGACCCACCCCAAAGACACCACAUAAAGCAGGGCACUGAGAUGCCCUUUAGGGUUCCCACCCAGAAAUCCCGAAGAAGAGGAAUUGUGUGGAAGGGUAGCAGGAGGUUUUUCUGGAUGCCACCAACUUCUGAUUUCCAAGUGGACUCAUUCCAAUGUUGAGACAUUGAAAAUGAUGAAUUGUGAUCUGGAUACAAUCAUCACGGUGAAUGUCCUUCUGAACUCAGGUUGGGUUGUAACCAGUCCAUAAUGAGAGGGGAGAGGCUGAAUCACGCAGGACAGGGAUACAAUGAGCCCUGGAUUUGGAUUUGCAUUUGGAUUUAGACUUCUUCAGGUUGACAGUGCCAACCCCUAGGAGCCCAUGGAGACCCUUGCUCUCACUGGGGUCCCCUGGAUGGAAAUGUCAGUGUGCUUUAUUAUUAUUAUUAUUUAUUUGGUGGUCCUGUGUAUUUAAGAAGUCAAAUGUAUAGCCAUGCAACUCUUUUCACCUGACAUAGUGACAGCUCACGCUAACUGGUUAGAUGGCUGGGUUUUGACUUCUGCUGACCACUAGAUAAACAUGUGCUUGUCCCCUGGGAGGUGGGAAUAAUUUGCAGUCUGCCCAGCCAGAAAAGGGUGUGUGUGAGGGUACUGCCGCACACCUGCUUUGAUAAGAGACUUGCUGGUUCUCUCGCUCUGCGUGUGGUUAUCCUACCAUAGAAAUCCAUCUUGAGUCCCAUUGUCCUUUGACCUAGAAAUAAGAGAAAUUUCCUGGAAUUGCCAUGUGUGGCUCUCCCAGCUGCAGCCAUACUUUAGCAUCUAAAUAGAAAUUUAGAGAGUAUUUUCAUCCUCUAAAAACAUUGAAGGAUACACCAAAGGGUGGCCACCUGUAUUAGUUUCCUAAUGCUACUGCAACAAAUUACCGCAAGCAUGGUGGCUUAAAAGAACACAAAUUUCCUAUCUUAGGGUUCUGGAGAUCAGAAGUGCAGAAUGGGCUUCACUGAGCUAAAAUCCAUGUGUCAGCAGAGCCGUGCUCCUUCUGGAGGCUCUAGGGGAGAAUCCAUCUCCUUGCCUUUUCCAGUUUGUAGAGGCUGCUCACAUUCCUUGCCUGUGAUGGUGGCAGUGUGACACUCUUGCUUCCCUCUUUUACUGGCAAGGACCUUUCACUUACAAAGCCCAGCCGGAUAAUCCAGAAUUAUCUCCCCAUCUCAAGAUCUUUAAUUACACUGAAAAGUCCCUUCUGCCCUGUAAGGUAACAUAUCCAUAGGUGCUGGGGAUUAGGACAUGGACCCUUAUUCUGCCUACCACACCUUUCCUGCCCCUGCAGGAGAGACUGCAGAAUGAUCCAGACUACAGGUGUGUUUUGUUUGCCUGCACAUCUUUUUAAAGAGUUAGUCACCAACAUUUAAAAUUAUAAAAUUAUAAGAUGUUUACAUAAAAAUCCAGAUCAGAAGGUCUGGCCAUGCCGGGGCUCACAUUCUCACCGAGCAACAACCAGCUGGAGUUGAAACGCAGCUCAUCUUUAGAUGGGGCAUCUGGUUCACCAGUUCACCUCAGGGCCCACCAACCCUGUCACCUCCCACACUGAGGCUGAGGGUCUGCUGCUAUUGGUCAACGCCCUGCAGAGUUGCUUCUCUCAUAAUGAAAUGGAAAGUUCAGGACUCAUAUCUCAUAUGAAAUAAGAAGACAAUUCUUGAGGCUGAUGGGUGCUUCAGGAAAGUUUCUUUUACACACAGCCCACAUCCAUCAUUUAUACUAAGUACCAGCCCAGCUCCUGUGGGCAUUUGCCUUUGUGACCCCUGUUCUCAUCCGGGAGGACAAGGAUUGUGUUAUGGCUUGUCAGUACAGUCCCAGGUCGAUACUUCUGUGGCAAAACCUCCUUUAAAAAGUAGAUGCAGGGGGACUUCCCUGGUGGCGCAGUGGAUAAGACUGCGCUCCCAAUGCAGGGGGCCUGGAUUCGAUCCCUGGUCAGGGAACUAGAUCCCACAUGCAUGCCACAAUUAAGAACCGGCACAACCAAAUAAACAAAUAAAUAUUUAAAAAAAAAAAAAAAAAAGUAGAUGUAGGGCUCCCCUGGUGGCGCAGUGGUUAAGAAUCCGCCUGCCAAUGCAGGGGACAUGAGUUUGAGCCCUGGUCCAGGAGGAUCCCACAUGCCACAGAGCAACUAAGCCCAAGCGCCACAACUGCUGAGCCUGCACUCUAGAGCCCGCGAGCCACAACUACUGAACCUGCGUGCCACAACUACUGAAGCCUACGCGCCCUAGAGCCCGUGCUCCGCAACAAGAGAAGCCACUGCAAUGAGACGCCCGCGCACCACAACAAAGCGUAGCCCCCGCUCGCCGUAACUAGAGAAAGCCCACGAGCAGCAACAAAGACCCAAUGCAGCCAAAAAUAAAUAAAUUUAAAAAAAAUAAUAAAAGGAAUUAACAUUUAAAAAAAAAGAAAAGUAGAUGCAAGUCGUCGUGUUCAAGUGACUUCACCUUGGAAAUGCACUGCCCAGACUUGUCCACCUGCUACUUUGCCUCCAUGAAAAGGAGUUUUGCAAUCUCCUAAAUGGUGUGUGUUCCAGGGGUUUUUUUUAACUCUUUCCAGGAGGAAGAGUAUGUUGGGGGUUUUAAAAUUAUGCCUUCGGUGCUGACAGUGACCUUUACUUCUGAAAGGCUGGCUCUGCCCAGGGACCCUCAGCCUCUUGACCUGAGAUGCUGGCAAACACCCUCCAGGAAGGGCCAGAGGAGGGCUGUGCCUUCCUUCCCUCUGCUGAAAUUGUAUCAAUAUUUAAAAUCAUCGUUGGGGCUCUGGCCCUCCAUUCUCUGCCUUCUCUGACCUCCUGGCCACUUCUGGCAGUCACUCAGUCAGUGCUCUGAAUCCCACCCUCAAAGCAUGGCUGUCAUCACACGUCACCUUUACUUACAAGGGCCCCACGUGGCCAUUUUCUUUUAACUGAGAGCUCAAAACUCCAGGCCAAGUUGCUGUCUUCCUGAGACCUCAGGUGGAUUUAAUGUUUUCCAAAGACAUGCCUCCUUGAAGGGCCCAGCCCGACAUACCCCUGGCUCUUUCCUUUAAAGCCCAGGCCCCACUUCUGUAAAAUAUUUCAGGGUCGCUGAAAACCGAACACAUUUGUUGAAGCCUAGCUUGUGCCAGCACAGUAUCCUCCACGCUGGGUCUGCUGAUGCCGGGCUGCCCUCACGCCCAUCCUCUGUACCUGUGACAAAGCCCGACUCAGACAGGACUGGUUAAUGCUGCAGUCAUUUUGCACGGGAGGGGGAUGUCUCAAGGAAGAGUCAAGGGAGAAAAGCGUAAGUCCAUGGAACAUAACCUGGGUCAAGGUUAGGACUGAUUUGUGUGGAUCUGCAAUGCUUAACUCGAAAUAAUUUAUUUGUUGUAUAUACUUUUGAGGCAGCGUUUUAUUCAUUUCCUACACUUUUUUAAAUAAACAAAUAUACAGAAAAAAA